AUGGAAGCCCUAGCUCAGCUUCUCUUUCUCCUGUUACUCUGGAUCCCAGAUACCACUGGAGAAGCCACGUUGACACAGUCUCCAGCCUCCCUGUCUUUGUCUCCAAGGGAAAGCGCCACCCUCACCUGCAGGGCCAGUCAGAGUGUUAGCAAAUACUUAGCCUGGUACCAGCAGGAACCUGGGCAGGCUCCCAGGCUCCUCAUCUAUGAUGCAACCACCAGGGCCUCUGGCAUCCCGGCCCGGUUCAGUGGCAGUGGGUCGGGGACAGACUUUACUCUUACCAUCAGCAGCCUGGAGCCUGAAGAUGUUGCUGUUUAUUACUGCUAUCAGAGAGGUUCAAAUAGGAAAACGUUCGGCCAGGGGACCAAGGUGGAAAUCAAACGGUCUGAUGCCCAGCCAUCUGCCUUCCUCUUCCACCCAUCUGAACAGCAGUUAGAGACUGGAACUGCCUCUUUCGUGUGCUUUGUGAAUGGCUUUUACCCCAAAAAUAUCAAAGUCAGCUGGAAAGUGGAUGGAGUUGUCCAGGACAGCAACAUCCAGGAGAGUUUCACUGAGCAGGACAGCAAGGACAGCACAUACAGCCUCAGCAGCACCCUGACGCUGCCCAGUUCCCAGUACCAAAGCCAUAGUCUCUACACCUGCGAGGUCAGUCACCAGUCCCUGGCCUCCGCCCUGGUCAAGAGCUUCAAUAAGAACGAAUGUUAGAGCGAGAGGCCUGCAGGCUCGUCUGUCACCUGUGCUGGGUCCCAGCCCCCUCCCUCGCCUCCUCAGGCCUCAGGCCCU